AAUAGGGAGGUCCAUCGAUCAUAGGAGUGUGGGAGGAGUUGCUGCGUGUCCAAUCAGCCACUCCGCUGUGGAGAAAUCGUCUCGUGCGUUCCGGUCACGAUACGUUGUUGUCGUCCCAUCUUUGUGCACUAGGCAUCUGUAGCAAAGGAAACAGGACGUGUCCAAAAUAAGUGCGGAGGGAUGCGGAUGGUUCAUGGAGGAUUUAUGGAGGUUCUUUUUUGUGACAGUAUAAUGCUUAAUAUUUAGUCAUGGCUGAAACAUUCUGGUAAAGCAACGACACUAUCAUCAGAUUUUUCAGGCAAUUGAAGGUACACGGAUGCUGGGAGGUUGAUGUGCCAUUGGAGGCGUAUCGAUUGAUGCUGCGCCUCACUUCCUUGUACAGGCGUCUCCAAAAGGCAUCAUGCGACCAUCUUUUAGAAAAUAUUCUGGCUGUAGGAUUUCGAAUAUACUAAAUCCUUGAAUACACUGAACCAGUGAAUAAUUGUGAAGGACGCUGUCAACAAGAAAAGUGAUAGGCUACAACGGCAGCACACAGGCCAUCAUGGAGAGCGAUUCCUUGGCCCGACAGGUGGAGAGCGUGGAGAGGAGCAUCACCUUUCUGCGGCAGGAGCAGCUCACACUGCUGCAUGGCCUGCACCUGGAGAUCCUCAGCCUGGAGAAGCGCUGCACAGAGCUGACCUGUGAGCUGAAAUCGAAGCCACCAGGACGAUCACAAGCAGAUGUGCUGGAGGAGGAGGAGAUGCUGGAGGGACGCUGCAGGGAGGUGGAGGGGCGUCUGGCCAAGCAGCACAGCACCCUGGAGGAGCUGCAGAAGGAGCUGAGCCACAAGGGGGCGCUGGUGGGCGCCCUGAGGGCCAGCCUGAAGGACAAGGAGCGUAGCUUCCUGGAGGACCUGAAGAAGCACAGCCACCGCACCACCGUGCUCACCACCGAACUGCAGAAGCAAACGGAGGCCGCCACCUACCUGUCUAUGCAGCUGCACUCGGCUAGAAAGAAACUCAAACAUCAGCAUCAGCAGCAACAGCAGCAGCACCACCACCACCACAGGCAACGGGUCGCUCACCACGACCCUCAGGAACCCACGGGAUCCCCUUCACCUGGCCCCAGUGGCGUGGUGGCGAAGCCCAAGCGACGCAGCGGUGGCAGCAAGCACUCCGCGACGCACAUCCGGGCUGAGCGGGCCAGAGAGUGUGUGCCGCGCGAGAAGGUGACGGGCCCUGAGGAGCCCAAAGCCAUGCCCGACCCGGCACUCUUCUUCUACCCGCACAGACACAGGGCCCGGAGCCGCCAUGCGCUCAGACUGCCUCUGGAGGCCAUGGAGGAUAUGGUGGGUGCAGAGGUCCCAGACCGGGUGGCCCCAAUCUUGGUAGCGCCACCUCCAACUGCCACCAUUGCUGCUGAAAGCAAGGCGGAAUAAACAACCUGCUUUAAAUAACCACCUCUUUACAUUAUCUUAAGGACUGCUUCUGUUUAUAUUGUUUACCUCGGUCUUGCACCUUGAUGUAUUAUUAGAGAAUUGUUUGCAAUAUGAAUCCUUUAUGUUUGUAUGGUAGGUUUUAUGUAAUUUUAAAAGAUUUAAAUUUAUUCAAGGCAAUACUUUGGCCUAGAUUAUUUAUUGUUUAGACUGAUAUCCUGCUUAUUUGGUCCACAUGGUCAGCACAUGUCCAGUUCAGAGUUGCAGCUUCUUUCUCCUGUUUGUUGGUGACAUGACAGGGAGUGCUACAGGUCCUCAGUGACUCACAGCCUUAGAUUUCAGCUAUUGUGGUAAUAUUUACAAAUAAGACAAAGUCAAACUGUUUCCGAAGUACAUCAGCCCUCGGCCUGGCAUUACUGAAGAAAUAGAAUGUGUCUGAGGGCAGUAUCCGAAGAAGUAAGGUAGUAAUGGGCCUACUUCACCAAUUUUAUUAAUUUCAUCGGACAGUGCUCUCCAGCAAUUUAAAGUACAGUGUAGAUCUUAAGGGUUAAAACAAUAUUUCAAAAACAACCUAGCUCAUGCCUGAGUUCCGGCACAGUGCCUGAGAACUUUACAUUCUCAUUAGUGUGUGUACUCAUGUGCACCCAAGUGACAAACCUAUGACCUUGGAGAUGUUAGUUAGCACCUCAUGCUAACAGUGGACCUUCUGGAGCUCCUCUACAAUAGUCACAAUACCAACAUGUAACAACAGCCCACAAAACAGGAAAAAGUUGCACACUGUAAAAGUGCUGAUAGAAAAUUUAACAUGAAAUCAAUGGAAAUGGUGACUUGGGCAAAGUAUUCCAUUAGAUGAGCUGCGGCAUUAGAUGGGCUGUAAUUGGUUGGCACUAUUUAAUUGUCUAGACUCCAGGUGUGUUUAUGCCGGAGCAUUUACACACGUUUUCAUCUGGCGAAUUUGUUUGACUACGGAAAUCAGUGCAGCUGAACAUUUUAAAGUCAGUGUUUCACUCUUGCUAGAUUGCUUGUCUUAACUUGCUGUUUGUCAGGUAGUGGUUUGAACAGACAGUACAUUUAGUGUGGCCUUUUAUACAAAGCAGUGGUUACUAAAAGGCCAGCAGUAUCCUGCAGAUGUCCACUGAAUUGGCAAAAAAAUGUAUAUCUCACGGAAAGGCUCCUUGAUGAGAUACAACAGCAGUUCAAAACUGGGUGUGUGCAGUUUAUCACGUCAGCUGUAUGGGCUUGAGUAGAAGGCUGUUAUCCACUACAUUGGGUCAGUGUGUAGUGUGUAUACACAAAUACUGUUUAUGUAUGUGUGUCCCUGUGUGUUUGUGUGUUUAUAGUGAUAAUGGGAGGACUGCCCUCAGGGAUUAAGGACCAUACAGAAAAUUUGUUUAUGGUACCAUCAAUGCCAUUAAAAAAAAAAGCUUGCUACUACUCACUCUGUUAAACUUAUAUCUUAUUUGUUGUUACAGAGGUUAAAAUCCGCACUGCUUGGCAACUGUGGGCCCAGUGCACAAAUUGUCAUCUCAGGUAGCGUUAAAAUCUCCCUGUAAGCAAGUCCUGUAGGAAUGAAUAUGAACAGUUUCUCAUCUCACUGACAAAUUAUGCCCUCCAAUGGUUAGACAGUGCAAUAACAAGUCUCGACACAGACAAAGAUGAUAUGACCGCUCAUUUUUAUAGACAGCAGUGAAAACAAGUAUUCAAAAUUAUGUAUUUCAAAAGCUGGAUGAACAAGUAUGCAGGUCUGCAGUCAUUAAAUUAUAAUAUACAAUUAAUGCAAUUACAGAAACAAUACGAACCAUAACCAUCAGGAGCUCAAGUUGCAGAAUGGGUAUACAAGCACCAUUUAGGUUUGUUAUGGUUUUCUUAGACCAGGAUGUGAUCUUGUGCUGUGUGAGUGUGCUGAUCAAUGUGCAGUUAUAUAUGAUAGAACACAGAGCCUUAUAUACUCACUAGGCCGUAUAUACUAAUGUCAGUGAUUGUCAUAUCAGUUAUAUCCGUAUUACUAAAGAAAAUCAUUUUGAUACUACUUACUACACUAAUUAUGAUGUAGAAAUGCAUAAGGAUGCAGGAUUUUGUAAAAGUUUGUCAUGAUGUAAUUUUGGUUUCUUCUCACAAAUGAAAACUAGUUUUUAUUUGAUGAAAUCUGAAAUGACUGAUUGCACUGACUGACUGGAGUGUAACAGAAAGAGCAGGUGUCUUUUAGGACAGAGGAGCUGUCUUUCCACAGAUUGAUAUGUUCAAAUUAGGUCAUUCUAGGACAGGAAUUUUGAGUUGUUUUUACAUGUUGGCAUACGAAGUUCAUGUCUUAGGCUUUACGGUGUGUAAAAAGCAUUACAGAUAUUUAAGUGGUCUGGCUAUCCAGCUGAAACUAUUCUUUUUUUGGUAAACAAGUAAUCAGCCUGGUGAAAACAUCUCUGCAUGACUUGCACAAAGAAGGCACUAAAAUGGUUGCACUGUUUCUGAAGCUUUAUAUGCUCUUUUGCAGAUGUAGUUUUCUAUCACUGCUUUUAGUGCAAGCUCUUUGCAUUGAUUAUUAAGACUAAAUGUUGUAACGUUUUCCUUUGUUACAUUGUGUUUGAACGGUUUUUAGUUGUUUUUUUUCUUUACUGGGAGAUUUUUUUAAUGACCUCAAGUACCGUAUUUUCCUGACUAUAAGUCG